AUGCAGAUCGCUAGAUUAAUGCAAAGGGAAGGAUUUCCGGUUGAACUUCGUCAUUUAUCCAAACAGCCUGUACCUUUUCGAAAAGGGACUAGUUUUGACAGGUUAGCUCCGUUCAUUGGUGAUGACCGCCUCAUCCGGGUGGGCGGACGUUUAAGCAAGUCAAAACUUCCUUAUGAUCAGAAGCAUCCGAUUCUCUUGCCUAAUAAUCAUUAUGUCACCGACUUCCUCAUUCGUCAAACUCACAUAUCCAAUCGCCAUGUAGGAAUUCAAACCACUCUCUAUGCCAUCCGAAAUAAAUUUUUUAUUCUCAACGGAAAGGAACGAGUUAGGAAGGUUAUUCGACGUUGCGUUGAAUGUAUCCGGCGGAAGCCACCUCCAACACAUGCUCAAAUGGGAGUCCUACCCGAAGCUAGAGUAGACGAGUCCCCAGCGUUCGAUCACACCGGUGUGAAUUUCUUUGGACCCAUUCUCAUGAAAGAGAAAGCUCAUCGCAACAGAUCAUUUCUCAAGGUUUACGGUUGCGUCUUAGUCUGUUUCGCGUACAAAGCCGUUCAUAUUGAACUCGUCCCAGAUUUAUCAUCACACGGUUUCUUAACUGCUUUCCAUCGUUUUGUGUCUCGUCGGGGUAUCCCUAGCAACAUGUAUUCUGAUAACGGUACUAAUUUUGUAGGAGCUAAUCGCGAACUUCAAGAACUUUAUGACUUUUUUGAAAAACCGGAAUUCCGUAGAGAAGUAGGAGAACAUGCGACAGCAAAACGAGUGCAAUGGCACUUCAAUCCACCCUUAUCGCCACAUUUUGGAGGUCUUUGGGAAGCAGCUGUGAAGAGCUUUAAACAUCAUCUCAAACCUAUUGUAGACAAUCAGUUUACGUUCGAUCAAUUAGAGACUCUUUUAAUUGAAAUUGAAGCGAUAUUGAAUUCGCGACCGUUAGGUGCUCUUUCAGCUAAUCCUAAUGAUCUUCUGGCUGUGUCUCCAGCUCAUCUUUUAAUCGGUCGUCCAUUCAAUGUCUUACCGUAA